AUGCGCCUGUACUGCGAGACCUACAUGUUGAAGGAAGGCUUCACAUGGCUAAUCACUUCGACUGUGUUGAAGCGUGUCUAUUACUGGAAUCUCUUGCAAAAGGAUACGCAGGCUGGCAGUUGUCCGCUAAAGAACUUUACCUACACAGCUGCUCGAGUGCCCGAAGACAUUCGCAGAACCACCGAAACGCUCUUUGAAACGAUCGAAGGCCUCAGACACAUCACGCUAGGCGCUACAGAAGGUGACCUUCCAAUUCUGAGGAGCCUCGAACGCACUGGCAAAUCAUUGAAGUAUCUCGAGCUCUAUGCUGCCGUGCAUGAUCGAGUCUACUCUGCAUCUGAGCUGAAGCAGCUUGUUAGCAGUUGUCAGCGUCUUACCAGACUACGGCUGAGUCUUGGGGACUUUAGCUCCGUCAUCGACAGCAUGGGAAUCCUCGAACCUUGCAACUUGUCUGAUUCCGACAGUUUGGAGGAGUCAAUAGCAGUACUUGCACAACACCCAACGCUCGAAAGUCCCGAACUAGCGAGCCAUCCGCUGUUGCGCGGAUAUCACACCAUACUGGAACGCCGGUGACGAUACGCUCAGAUUGCUGAGCAAAUUAUGCAGUACUUGGCCAAGCAUGAUUCCAAAAUCCGUUUCCUGGGCUUCCCACCCCAAUAUAAGUCCCAGAGCCCUGUGGACGAAGACGGAAGCACUUGGCCUCGCUAUUUCUACAAGAGAGGCACUGUGUCAGUCGAGACCAAUGGAACAACGAAGAUUGUCAGGACAGCGGCAGUGCCCUACACAAAGCGAGCACAUAGAUGGUCGUGUCUGAAUUAACUUUAACGAUGAACAAGACACGGCAUGCAGGAGGCUCGGACGAAUGACUGAGAUCGAUGGAUAUGGUGGAAGCUGGCACGACAGCAGCCAAAUGCUUCGCAAUGCG